UUGCUUCAUUUUGGCAGUAUCUUUUCUUUUCUUCUCUUAUAGUAGUAUAAUUAUUAUCUAAUCUAUUCAACCAACUCAUAUUCCUCUUUCUUUCUUCCUCUCAAGCCUCAUUUUAAUUUUUUUUUUUGCUCUUCUCAUGUCUUUCAAAUUCAGAGGGCCAAAUGCUUCUUCUGGAAUGGGUGUGGCUGAUCACGGCAAAAAUGCAUUCUUGGAGUUGAAGAGGAAGAAAGUUCAUAGAUACGUGAUUUUCAAAAUCGAUGAAAAGAAAAAGGAGGUUGUUGUUGAGAAAACUGGCAGCCCUGCUGAAACCUUUGAUGACUUUACUGCUUCUUUGCCAGAAAAUGAUUGCCGAUAUGCGGUGUAUGACUUUGAUUUUGUGACUUCUGAGAAUUGCCAAAAGAGCAAGAUAUUCUUUGUUCAUUGGUCUCCUGCAACAUCUCGUAUUCGUGCAAAGAUGCUUUACGCCACCUCUAAAGACGCAUUUAAAAGAGAGCUCGAUGGUUUUCAUUAUGAGAUUCAGGCUACUGAUCCAACAGAAGUUGAUCUUGAAGUGCUGAAAGACCGUGCUCACUGAGCCAUCUUGCAAUAAACACUAUCUUUCCAGCUAAGCAUUUAGCUUGUUAGUUUAUAUGGUGUUGGUAUUUGUUUUGCUUUUUUCUCAGAUGUUUGAACACUUGGGAACCUGCAUAAUAUUAUAAUAUCAGUGGUUGCCAAUUUUCUAAUUGUGGACUAUACAAGUGUAGAAUUCAUGAUUUGUCCUCUCUUAUCCUAUUUCAGCUAAGGAUUAUGAAUAUAAAUGUCUUUCGUUA